AUGGACAAAAGAAAGUACAUGCUCGCAGGCUCACUCAGCUCACUAGCGCCAGCUCUAGUGCCCAGUCCAGUGCUGGCAUCAGAGCAAGAGCUAGUGCUGGCUGGAGAGCCUGAGCCCGCUCUUGAACCAUCAACAGAGCGAGAGCCAGCCCCGGGACCCACUCCAACAGCAACUGCAGAGCUGGAACCGGCUCUGUCGCAAACUCUGGAGCUAGAGCCGGCUCCAGCACCAGAGCCUUCGUGGCCUUCGCCUGUGGCUGCAGAGAACGGGCUCAGCGAGGAGAGGCCUCACCUCCUGGCGUUUCCUCCCGACCUGGUGGCGGAGCAGUUCACCCUGACGGACACGGAGCUGUUCAAGAAGGGGGUGCCCUACCACUGCCUGGGCUCCAUCUGGUCCCAGCGAGACAAGAAGGGCAAGGAGCGCCUGGCUCCCACCGUCGGGGCCACCGUCAGCCAGUUCAACAGUGUGGCCAACUGCGUCAUCACCACCUGCCUCGGGGACCGGAGCGUGACGGCCCGGGCCAGGGUGGUGGAGCACUGGAUCGAGGUGGCCAGGGAGUGCCGGGUCCUCAAGAACCUCUCCUCCCUCUACGCCAUCCUCUCCGCUCUGCAGAGCAACUCCAUCCAUCGGCUGAAGGAGACAUGGGAGGAAGUGUCCAGGGACAGCGUGCGGGUCUUCCAGAAGCUGUGGGAGAUCUUCUCGGAGGAGAACAACUACUCGCUGAGCAGAGAGCUGCUCGUCAAGGAGGGGACCUCCAAGUUUGCCACCCUGAAGAUGAACCCCAAGAGAGCCCAGAAGCGGCCGAAGGAGACGGGUGUCAUCCAGGGCACCAUCCCCUACCUGGGCACGUUUCUCAUGGACCUGGGGAUGCUGGACACCGCGAUGAAGGACUACCUGUAUGGGAGGCGGAUCAACUUCGAGAAGAGGAGGAAGGAAUUCGAAGUGAUCGCCCAGAUCAAGCUGCUGCAGUCCGCUUGCAGCAAGCCCGAGGAGCAGUUCAGGGCCUGGUUCCGGGCCAUGGCGCGGCUCAGGGAGGCGGAGAGCUACAACCGAUCGUGUGAGCUGGAGUCGCGCUCCGAGUCGGCCGGCAACACUCUGAAGGCCAAGAAGAGCACGGCCAUCGUCACGCGCUGGAGUGACCUCCAGGCCCCCAGCACUGAGCUGAGCGCCAGCGGCAGCUCGCACUCCAAGUCCUGCGACCAGCUCAGGUGUAGCCCCUACCUCAGCGGCGGGGACAUCACCGAUGCGCUCAGCGUCCACUCGGCCGUCUCCUCUAGCUCCGACGUGGAGGAGAUCGCCAUGAGCUUUGUCCCAGAGUCCCCCGACGGCCGGGAAAAGAAGUUCUGGGAGUCCGACUCCCGGUCGUCCCCGGAGACCUCUGGCAUCAGCUCGGCAUCCAGCAGCGCCUGCUCCUCCUCGGCCUCCACCACGCCCGUGACCAGCGCCCGCACCCACACCUCCGUCUCGGGGGUCAGCAGCUGCAGCGCCUCGCUGCCGCUCUACAACCAGCAGGUGGGCGACGGCUGCAUCAUCCGGGUCAGCCUGGACGUGGACAACGGCAACAUGUACAAGAGCAUCCUGGUGACCAGCCAGGACAAGGCUCCGGCUGUCAUCCGCAAGGCCAUGGACAAGCACCACCUGGACGAGGAGCAGCUGGAGCAGUAUGAGCUGGUGCAGGUCAUUUCAGACCAGAGAAAGCUGAAGAUCCCGGACAACGCCAACGUGUUCUACGCCAUGAACUCUGCCGCCAACGAUGACUUUGUCCUGAAGAAAGAGGCCUUCACCAAGGUGGCCAAGGUCCCGCAUGGCGCCAGCUCCACUCUCCCCCGCAUGAAGCAGAAGGGACUCAGGAUUGCCAAGGGCAUCUUCUAGCUGGUCCCUGGCACUGCCCAGCCACAGGGCUGCCCCGCCAGGCUCCGGCAGGCUGGGCAACCAAGCACUUACCGACGACAGUGGCCCAGGCCAGGCGGGCACCUUUUGCCCAGCCUGCCACUGGGCCGCCCGCCCCGACUCCAGUUUCUCCCUGGACCUCCUGCUGCUGGGAUUGACGCCUGCCCAUCAGCAGGCUGACCUGGCCUCCCGGGACCACUCCGCCUUAGGUGCCUUCUGCUCUCUGGAGCCAGAGGAGUAGCCGACUUGGCCCAGGAGCGCUGCCACGGGCACAGAGCCCUGCCCACCACUGGGCAUGCCCUCGCUACACCUCCCUCACACCUUCCCAGGUGUGGGACACUGCCACCUGUGCCCACGGGCAGCCCAGGGCACCCGCUCAUCCACUGGGUCUGACCCCUGCGGUUCUCUCCUUGCGCCCACAGACACAGGUGCCAUUCAUGGGGCCCGGCCCCUCCACCACUGGAGCCUUCCGCAGGCUGCACCAAAGAUCCACUGUCAGGCCUCGGAGUGCGGGAGUCCCGCACCGAGCCCGGCCCCCCUCGG